AUGACCUCCACAGAUACAUCAAUGGCAAGCACAACUUUGGCCACACACAACAGCUUGACUACAACCUCUGACACCACUAUGAAUCCCACAGAUAAAUCUGCAUCAACUAAAGAACCAACCACAGAGUCUAGUCUCACAACACUCUCUGAGCCUACCACAAAGGCCACAGAAACAUCCGUGCAAAGCACAGCAGCAACCACCAGCAGGAGUUUGACAGCAACCUCUGAGGCCACCACAACCUCCACAGAUACAUCAGUGCCUAGCACAACUUCAGCCACACACAACAGCUUAACUACAACCUCUGACACCACUAUGAACCCCGCAGGUAAAUAUGCAUCAACUAAAGUACCAACCACAGAGUCUAGUCUCACAACACUCUCUGAGACCACCACAAAGGCCACAGAAACAUCUGUGCAAAGAACAGCUGCAACCUCUGAGGCUACCACAACCUUCACAGAAGCAUCAGUGCCAAGCUCAACUUUGGCCACACACAACAGCUUGACUACAACCUUGGAGACCACCAUGAUCCCCACAGAUAAAGCUACAUCAACUAAAGCACCAACCACAGAGUCUAGUCUCACAACAUUUUCUGAGCCUACCACAAAGGUCACAGAAACAUCAGUGCCAAACAUAGCUUCAGCCACACACAACAGCUUGACUACAACCUCUGACAUCACUAUAAACCUCAGAGAUAAAUCUACAUCAACUAAAGCACCAGCCACAGAGUCUACUCUCACAACACGCUCUGAGACCACCACAAAGGCCACAGACACAUCUGUGCAAAGCACAGUGACAACCACCAGCACGAGUUUGACAGCAACUUCUGAGGCCACCACAACUUUCACAGAUAUAUCAGUGCCAAGCACAACUUUGGCCACACACAACAGCUUGACUACAACCUUGGACACCACUAAGAACCCCACAGAUAAAUAUGUAUCAACUAAAGUACCAACCACAGAGUCUAGUCUCACAACAUUCUCUGAGCCUACCACAAAGGCCACAGAAACAUCUGUGCAAAGCUCAGCUGCAAUCACCAGCACAAUUUUGACAGCAACCUCUGAGGCCACCAUGACCUCCACAGAUACAUCAAUGGCAAGCACAACUUUGGCCACACACAACAGCUUGACUACAACCUCUGACACCACUAUAAACCUCAGAGAUAAAUCUGCAUCGACUAAAGAACCAACCACAGAGUCUAGUCUCACAACACUCUCUUCGACCACCGCAAAGGCCACAGACACAUCUGUGCAAAGCACAGCGACAACUACCAGCAUGAGUUUGACAGCAACCUCUGAGGCCACCACAACCUCCACAGAUAUAUCAGUGCCAAGCACAACUUUGGCCACACACAACAGCUUGACUACAACCUUGGACACCACUAAGAACCCCACAGAUAAAUCUGCAUCAACUAAAGCACCAACCACAGAAACUAGUCUCACAACAUUCUCUGAGCCUACCACAAAGGUUAUAGAAACAUCCAUGCAAAGCACAGCUACAACUACCAGCAUGAGUUUGACAGCAACCUCUGAGGCCACCACAACCUCCACAGAAACAUCAGUGCCUAGCACAACUUUGACAACACACAACAACUUGACUACAACCUCGAAGACCACUAUGAUUCCCACAGAUAAAUCUGCAUCAACUAAAGCAUCAACCACGGAGUAUAGUCUCACAACAUUCUCUGAGCCUACCACAAAGGUCACAGAAACAUCAGUGCCAAACAUAGCUUCAGCCACACACAACAGCUUGACUAUAACCUCGGAGACCACUAUGAUCCCCACAGAUAAAUCUGCAUCAACUAAAGCAUCAACCACAGAGUCUAGUCUCACAACAUUCUCUGAGCCUACCACAAAGGUCACAGAAACAUCAGUGCCAAACAUAGCUUCAGCCACACACAACAGCUUGACUACAACCUCUGACACCACUAUAAACCUCAGAGAUAAAUCUACAUCAACUAAAGCACCAGCCACAGAGUCUAGUCUCACAACACGCUCUGAGACCACCACAAAGGCCACAGACAAAUCUGUGCAAAGCACAGCGACAACUACCAGCACGAGUUUGACAGCAACUUCUGAGGCCACCACAACCUUCACAGAUAUAUCAGUGCCAAGCACAACUUUGGCCACACACAACAGCUUGACUACAACCUUGGACACCACUAAGAACCCCACAGAUAAAUCUGCAUCAACUAAAGCACCAACCACAGAGUCUAGUCUCACAACAUUCUCUGAGCCUACCACAAAGGCCACAGAAACAUCUGUGCAAAGCUCAGCUGCAACCACCAGCACAAGUUUGACAGCAACCUCUGAGGCCACCAUGACCUCCACAGAUACAUCAAUGGCAAGCACAACUUUGGCCACACACAACAGCUUGACUACAACCUCUGACACCACUAUGAAUCCCACAGAUAAAUCUGCAUCAACUAAAGAACCAACCACAGAGUCUAGUCUCACAACACUCUCUGAGCCUACCACAAAGGCCACAGAAACAUCCGUGCAAAGCACAGCAGCAACCACCAGCAGGAGUUUGACAGCAACCUCUGAGGCCACCACAACCUCCACAGAUACAUCAGUGCCUAGCACAACUUCAGCCACACACAACAGCUUAACUACAACCUCUGACACCACUAUGAACCCCACAGGUAAAUAUGCAUCAACUAAAGUACCAACCACAGAGUCUAGUCUCACAACACUCUCUGAGACCACCACAAAGGCCACAGAAACAUCUGUGCAAAGAACAGCUGCAACCUCUGAGGCUACCACAACCUUCACAGAAGCAUCAGUGCCAAGCUCAACUUUGGCCACACACAACAGCUUGACUACAACCUUGGAGACCACCAUGAUCCCCACAGAUAAAGCUACAUCAACUAAAGCACCAACCACAGAGUCUAGUCUCACAACAUUUUCUGAGCCUACCACAAAGGUCACAGAAACAUCAGUGCCAAACAUAGCUUCAGCCACACACAACAGCUUGACUACAACCUCUGACACCACUAUAAACCUCAGAGAUAAAUCUACAUCAACUAAAGCACCAGCCACAGAGUCUACUCUCACAACACGCUCUGAGACCACCACAAAGGCCACAGACACAUCUGUGCAAAGCACAGUGACAACCACCAGCACGAGUUUGACAGCAACUUCUGAGGCCACCACAACCUUCACAGAUACAUCAGUGCCUAGCACUACUUUGGCCACACACAACAGCUUGACUACAACCUCUGACACCACUAUGAACCCCACAGGUAAAUCUGCAACAACUAAAGCACCAACCACAGAGUCUAGUCUCACAACACUCUCUGAGUCUACCACGAGAGCCACAGAAACAUCUGUGCAAAGCACAGCAGCAACCACCAGCACUAGUUUGACAGCAACCUCUGAGGCUUCCACAAUCUCCACAGAUAGAUCAGUGCUAAGCACAGCUUCUGGCACAAACAACUUGACUACAGCCUCAGAGACCAUUAUGACCCCCACAGAAAUAUCUGUACCCAGUACAGCUGCAACCACACACACUAGUCACAGAACAACUUCUGUGAUCACCUCGCCUUCCUCUGAAACUUUAAUGCCCAAAUAUUCCACUCUACAGUCAGGACUCACUACAGUCUCAGUAGCCACCACAACUUCCACUUUCGUUUCCUCACCCCUCUUGUCUCUCACUUCUACCUCUGGGACCACCACAGCUUCCACAAAUGUCUCUGGACCUUUCACAUCGCCUCCCCCCAGUUUGAUCUCCACCAAGAUUACUGAAUUUUCUACUCAACCUGCCUCCAACACAGUCAUAUCAGGCACUGGAACCACUAGGACCAGACAAACUACCUCCAUCUCUGUCACCAGGGUCCCUGGGAUGGAGACCAUGGCCAGUACCACUAGCAAUACUAUUUCUGGGACAUCCCCACAUACCUCUGAGAUGGGCACAUCAAAAAUUGGAGCAUCAUUAACUACCUCAGCUCAAGAUACCAGAAUUACGUGGACAGGAUCUACCCAUAAGUCAUCCACAGCUCCUGGAGCUAGCACCAAUUCCUGUAAAACAGACUCCAUCACUAUUGGCACAAACACUAUUAGCACAAGUCACACACCAACAAAGGUGGUCAAACCAAGUGGCUAUUUACAGUCCUGGAGUAUCAUCCUCAUCUCUCUGGCUGCAACUGUGGUUGGUGUUGGACUGCUAGUAGGACUUGGAUUUUGCCUGAUAAGCAAUGGCAUUUAUUACCCUCAUAGUCAGACCAUGGGUCUUGGUUUAAAUAUAGACUCGGGCCUGGAUUCUGGAACAUUCCACAGCCUGGGAAAUGAACUGGCUCAUGGAGGAACAUAUGACUUUGGACACAGAGUGAGCCAUAGCCAUGGAGGUGAUUAUGGCAUGAAUCAUGGCACAAGUCACAGAGAGAACUAUGAAAUGGAUCACAGAGGACACCACCAUGAAAACCAUGAUAGGACAGGAAGGCUAUGGCCAUAG